AUGUCAGUGGAGGAGAACAGGUAUCAGCAGAGAACAGGUGUCAGAGGAGGAGAACAGGCAUCAGCGGAGGAGAACAGGUGUCAGCAGAGAACAGGCUGUUGUCAACAGAGGAGAACAGGUGUCAGUGGAGGAGAGCAGGUGUCAGUGGAGGAGAACAGGUAUCAGUGGAGGAGAACAGGUAUCAGCAAAGAACAGGUGUUAGUGGAGGAGAACAGAUGUCAGUGGAAGAGAACAGAUGUCAGUGGAGGAGAACAGAUAUCAGCGGAGGAGAACAGAUGUCAGUGGAGGAGAACAGGUGUUAACAGAGAACAGGUGUCAGCGGAGGAGAACAGGUGUCAGUGGAGGAGACAGGUGUCAGUGGAGGAGAACAGGUAUCAGCAGAGAACAGGUGUCAGAGGAGGAGAACAGGCAUCAGUGGAGGAGAACAGGUGUCAGCAGAGAACAGGCUGUUGUCAGCAGAGGAGAACAGGUGUCAGUGGAGGAGAGCAGGUGUCACUGGAGGAGAACAGAUAUCAGCAGAGGAGAACAGAUGUCAGUGGAAGAGAACAGGUGUCAGUAGAGGAGAGCAGAUAUCAGCAGAGGAGAACAGAUGUCAGUGGAGGAGAACAGGUGUCAGCAGAAAACAGGCUGUUGUCAGCAGAGGAGAACAGGUGUCAGUGGAGGAGAGCAGGUGUCAGUGGAGGAGAACAGGUAUCAGUGGAGGAGAACAGGUAUCAGCAAAGAACAGGUGUCAGUGGAGGAGAACAGAUAUCAGUGGAAGAGAACAGAUGUCAGUGGAGGAGAACAGAUAUCAGCGGAGGAGAACAGGCAUCAGCGGAGGAGAACAGGUGUCAGCAGAGAACAGAUGUCAGCAGAGGAGAACAGGUGUCAGUGGAGGAGAACAGGUAUCAGCAGAGAACAGGUGUCAGAGGAGGAGAACAGGCAUCAGUGGAGGAGAACAGGUGUCAGCAGAGAACAGGCUGUUGUCAGCAGAGGAGAACAGGUGUCAGUGGAGGAGAGCAGGUAUCAGCAGAGAACAGGUGUCAGAGGAGGAGAACAGGCAUCAGUGGAGGAGAACAGGUGUCAGCAGAGAACAGGCUGUUGUCAGCAGAGGAGAACAGGUGUCAGUGGAGGAGAGCAGGUGUCAGUGGAGGAGAACAGAUAUCAGCAGAGGAGAACAGAUGUCAGUGGAGGAGAACAGGUGUUAACAGAGAACAGGUGUCAGCAGAGGAGAACAGGUGUCAGUGGAGGAGACAGGUGUCAGCGGAGGAGAACAGGUGUCAGUGGAGGAGACAGGUGUCAGUGGAGGAGAACAGGUAUCAGCAGAGAACAGGUGUCAGAGGAGGAGAACAGGCAUCAGUGGAGGAGAACAGGUAUCAGCAGAGAACAGGCUGUUUUCAGCAGAGGAGAACAGGUGUCAGUGGAGGAGAGCAGGUGUCACUGGAGGAGAGCAGGUAUCAGUGGAGGAGAACAGGUAUCAGCAGAGAACAGGUGUCAGAGGAGGAGAACAGGUGUCAGAGGAGGAGAACAGGUGUCAGUGGAAGAGAACAGGUAUCAGUGGAGAACAGGUAUCAACAGAGAACAGGUGUCAGCAGAGAACAGGCAUCAGUGGAGGAGAACAGGUGUCAGCAGAGAACAGGCUGUUUUCAGCAGAGGAGAACAGGUGUCAGUGGAGGAGAGCAGGUGUCAGUGGAGGAGAACAGGUGUCAGUGGAGGAGAACAGAUGUCAGUGGAGGAGAACAGAUAUCAGCGGAGGAGAACAGGCAUCAGCGGAGGAGAACAGGUGUCAGCAGAGAACAGGUGUCAGCAGAGGAGAACAGGACUGAAAUGGAUGCUAAAAAGCCAAGGAAAGGCAGUUUGACAUCCUUCCCAAUUUUGAAAGCAACAAAGAAACAAAAUCUCACCUCUGUGAAGGUUCAGAGUAAGCCUUUGCUUCAAAUCCAGAAACCACCUUUCAAAGUCAAGAACUUCAGGGUGACCCAGUUCUUGAAUCAGAACACUAACACCAGCUUCACGUCACUGCCUUUCGUGGACACUAAGGGGAAGAAGACCAUGGUGAACCUCCCACACAUCGGCAGUAAACUCCCACUAAAGCAGCCCUUGCUGUAUCAGGAGAGUCCAGCUCACCGUCAGAAGUCUUCUGAGCUCAAGCCUUCUGAGACGGUCUUCCCUUUGAACGUGAAAACCCAAGACGCCAAAGCAGAGGAGAAGCCGCCGAAGAAGCACAAACACAAGGUGCCUCUGACAGCGGCAGAGGCCCUAAAGUUUUUUAAGAAGCAGCUGUCUUCUUAUGAGCAAAGCGAGAUCCUGGGCUACACAGAACUGUGGUUCUUGGGUCUGGAAGCCGAGAAGCUCCACAUGGCUCCGGAAAAAUUCAGCAAGACAAGUUUCGAUGAUGAACAUGGCUCCUACAUGAAGGUCCUGCACGACCACAUCGCCUACCGCUAUGAGGUUCUGGAGAUAAUUGGAAAAGGGUCCUUUGGACAGGUGGCCAAGUGCUUGGAUCAUAAAAACAAUGAAUUGGUGGCCUUGAAAAUCAUCAGGAACAAAACGAGAUUUCACCACCAGGCCCUGGUGGAGCUGAAGAUCCUGGAAGCUCUCAGACGGAAGGACAAAGACAACACCUACAACGUGGUGCACAUGAAGGACUUUUUCUACUUCCGCAAUCACCUCUGCAUCACCUUUGAACUCCUGGGCAUCAACUUGUACGAGCUGAUGAAGAACAACAGUUUCCAAGGCUUCAGUCUCUCCGUUGUUCGGCGCUUCACCCUCUCUGUCCUGAAGUGUUUGCAGAUGCUCUACAUGGAGAAGAUCAUUCACUGUGACCUCAAGCCCGAGAAUAUCGUGUUGUACCAGAAAGGCCAAGUUUCUGUUAAAGUCAUUGACUUUGGAUCAAGCUGUUAUGAACACCAGAAAGUCUACACCUACAUCCAGAGCCGGUUCUACCGAUCCCCAGAGGUGAUCCUGGGCCAUCCAUACAACAUGGCCAUUGACAUGUGGAGCCUGGGUUGCAUCAUGGCCGAGCUAUACACGGGCUACCCACUGUUCCCUGGGGAGAAUGAGGUGGAGCAGCUGGCCUGCAUCAUGGAGGUGCUGGGCCUGCCACCAUCCCGCUUCAUCCAGAUGGCCUCCAGGAGACAGGUGUUCUUUGAUUCCAAAGGUUUUCCUAAAAAUAUAACCAACAACAGGGGGAGAAAGAGAUACCCGGAUUCCAAGGAUCUCACCGUGUUGCUGAAAACCUGCGACACCAGCUUCCUGGACUUCCUCAGGCGGUGCUUGGUCUGGGAGCCCUCUCUUCGCAUGACCCCUGACCAGGCGCUCAAGCAUGCUUGGAUUCAUGAGCCUCGGAACCUCAAAUCUCGGCCCAGGCUUCAGACCUUGAGGAAAAUGAGUCUCUGUUUCCCCUCUGAAUCCAGGAAGGACAAGGUUCAAGUACAGCAUCACUCUGGCAAAAAAGAUGUGGUCCUCCCAGCAGAGGCUAAAGACAAAAUAAAAGAUGGCGCCACCAAACAGGAUGAGAAUCCAGGCAAUCAGCGAGGCUCUGGCCAGCACACGGCCGAGGUGAUCCAGCUGCCUCAUCUGGCAGAAGCUUCCAGAAAGCCAGAGGCGGCUGUUGGGCUCGUGGAGUCCAAGACCUCCGUGAGACAACAGAACAAAAAGUCCUCCCCCAAGAACACAAAUGCUUUACCGCCUAUUGUGUGA